UGGAGCUCUCAGUCUAUGCUAUGUCGAUCCUCGUACUGUAAAAUACGUGCGGGAGCUCUCGCCGUACCGUAGCCAGCCAGCUUCGCUCCGCUUGUAAAUUGUAUACAACAUGUCAACAUAUGCAUAGCGGACGCACACUGUGUAUAGCGCAGCAGCCAGAUUUUUUUAGAAGCGGUGAAAGUUAUUUUCUGAAAUACCUCCCCAUUCUCUCCGAAUUUGUACUAAUUUCUCACAAGCUGGGCGCUAUCGGGAAUAUGAAGAGGCGAACUGCCGACUGCGGCAGACCUAGACGUCCUUUGAAACGUACAAAGAUCACGGAGGGUAUUUACGGCAGUAGUACUUUCCUCUACCUGAAAUUCCUUGGAAUAUGGGGCUUUGUCCUGCUGCUUGACUUUCUCCUGGAGUUCCGCUUUGAGUAUCUCUGGCCAGUCUGGCUGCUGCUAAGAAGCAUCUACGACUCCUACAAGUACCAAGGCCUGGCCUUCUCGGUGUUCUUCAUUUUCAUUGCCUUCACAUCGGACAUGAUUUGCCUGCUCUUCAUCCCAGUGCACUGGCUCUUCUUUGCAGCCAGCACCUACGUGUGGGUCCAGUUUGUGUGGCAUACUGAUCGAGGCAUCUGUUUACCGACAGUGGCUUUAUGGCUGCUGUUUGUAUACAUUGAAGCUUCAGUAAGACUCAGAGGGUUAAGAUCAGUGGUUCCAUUUCAUCUGGAUUUAUGCAGGCCAUUCGCUGCUCACUGUAUUGGCUAUCCGGUAGUUACUCUAGGGUUCAACUUCAAAAGUUAUGUGAGCUAUCGCAUGAGGCUGAGGAAGCAGAAAGAGGUUCAAAAGGAGAAUGAUUUUUAUAUGCAGCUCCUGCAGCAGGCACUGCCCCCAGAGCAGCAGGCAGCCAAUGGCGUCGCGGUCGCUCCAGCUGAAAAACCUACAAAAGCUGUGAGUAAAAAGCCUGACGAGCCUGUAGCAAAUGGAGUCGGUGGUAAGAAGGAGUCUCCGAGUAGCAAGCAACCAAAGAACCACCCCACAGGGGACGGAGGUGGUGGUGGAGGCAAUGAGAGAAGCAAUGUGACUAAAGACAGCCGUAAUAAACAUGUCGGAGCAAACAAUGCCAGCACGCAUGCCAAGUCCACGUCGACCACUCCGCAGGAUGGCAAUUACAUAGAAACAAAGACUUCUCAACUCUCAUCCUCCUCCUCCUCCUCCUCCUCUACUUCGUCAUCAUCAUCGUCGUCAUCGUCGACGUCGACGACGAGCAGUCACUCUGUGAAUGAGUUUGACAACGUGAAGGAAAAUCUUGCCAACGAGCAGACGCAAGCCAAGAAUCUGAAGCAGAUCUCGGUGGGGUCGUCGACGCGGCAGCGCAACCCUUCGCCCGUGAUGAAAGAGAACAGUUCCUCGGGGCAGGGGAGUAGAAAGCCGAAGCCGCUGCCUUCCAAGCUAGAAAAUAAAGAUAAAGAUAAGGAUACAAACGUUAGUGCGGAGCAAGCGAGAACGAUGAACAGCAACAACCAGCAAGUUAAGACGGAUCCUUCCAAGUAUACCAUAGCUAGGUUGGAGUCUGAUAUAAAGAAGCUGAAGGCUGACCUUCAGGCCAGUCGUCAGGUAGAGAGUGACCUUCGAAACCAAGUCAACAGUAUAUUAGCUGAUGAAAUACAAGAUAAGGAGGUCAUGGAACAGUAUAGAAAAGAUAAUGAAUCCCUUCAAAACAGAUUGCAUAAUUUGGUGACCCAGAAGCAGCAGGACAAGCAGAACAUAAUUCAGCUUGAGAAGAAGGUCAAGCAGGAGAGGGACGGGAGAACCUCUCUUGAGAACCUACUCAAGGAAGAACGGAAAAGUAGAAAAGCUGAAGAAUCCUGCAGACAAUAUUCUCAUGCAAGUAGCGUGGAAGAGUGCACGGAAAACUGUCGCACGAGACGCCAGGACCAGGAAAGCGAGAUUCAACAUUUAUUGAAGGAAACGAGAGACAAAGGAGAUAGAUUAAGAGAUUUAGAACAAAAUAUUGAGCUCCGGGAACGUCAGGAAAUCCAGAGCAAUAACGAGAGGCUGAUGAACGCCCUGGUAGCCAUGCAAGAUAAAACAGCUCAGCUGGAAAACAGUCUUAGGGCGGAGACCAAACUCAAGCUAGAUCUCUUCUCAGCUCUGGGUGACGCAAGGCGACAGGUUGAAAUAGCUGCUAGUCAAUUACAUCACAAGGAUUCUGAGAUCCGUGAGUUAAAAUCAACCAUAGCUGACCUGAUGGCAGUAAUGCCCAUGGCCAACUACCCUUCAACCUCCACCUCUGGCAGUGCACCCGCCACCCCGCGGUACUCUGUCAACUUCUGCAGCCCGCGUCAGUCACAGGCCGACGAGAGCUCCAAACCAGCGGCGGUCACCAAGCCAAUGGCGGGGGUAUCUCCCCUCGUUCAGCAGCAACCAACGCCACCGCCCCAACCGCAGCAACCGCAGCAGCAGCGAUCCAACCCAGGGACCCCUCCCCCUGGUGCACAGUCGCAGGGGACUUCCCCCGCCAAGUCAUCGGGGCUCGACCCCAAUGCAGCCAUCUACAGACCUAAGAGUAACUAGAACAUAAGUAGAGAGAGAAAGAGAAAACAGAUAAGGAUCUUCUUGCCAAGGUGUGCUUAGUCAUGGUGUGAUGCUUCAUUUUUUCGUGCUUGUCAAAGUUGUCGCUUUAUUGUUUGUAACAUAGCUCACAUAGAACGGUCCGUUUCAUUCAUACUCCAGAAAAACAAAGGGUGUCCACAUGUGUUGUCUCAUGCUUCCUCAAUGGCUCCUGUUGAACAUUGAUAGAUAUUUAAAGUUAAAGAUCACAAACAUUUUGAUAAGAUUGAUGCACAAGUAGAUAACCAGUUAUUGCUUCCAUCAGGGAUGCCAGUUUUCAGAUUAUUGUUCCAUUUCUAGCCCUUACAUCUUUCCAAUUCAGGUCUUCAGUGGUUUAGUAGCUUACAGAAUGUAUGGGGCUUCAGCGUGUACUGUAUCAGCCUAUUCUCAGGGCCACUGGGUAAAACAAUUUGUUUUCCAUCAUACAUGUAGAGUUCAUCUGUGAGAGCCAGAAGGGCGUUAACUCUUGAGUUGAUGUGUAGGAGUUAACUCCCUUCUGGCUUCAAACAGCAAGUUAUAAAGGGAGGUAGGCAAAAACCACAAUCAUAUGAACAUUGAGUUGAUUUAGGAUCUAUUCCAUAAAACACCUGUCAGACAAAUUGCAGUCAGAAAACAAAGCAUUACCCCAGUGGUGAAAAAAAAGUUGGGUUUGGAGAUGGUUUUUUUAUUCAGUUUUUGUGGUGUAGCUGAGUUAGCAGGUAUGAUCCCUUCAAUCUUGUCAAAGUCAAGCAGCCCCCUCCCCCCCCCCCCCCCCCCCCCCCCCAACUAUAUAUUUUAUAGAAAGGAUGUAAUGAAAAAGUGUGAUAACAUUUCAAAACAUAGAAAUCAGGAACUGGAAGGAAAAAAGUGUUGUAAAGCAGAACUGACCAAACAGCUGUCUUGAGCCUAAUACUGAAUUUGUAUCAAAUUUGAUAAUAUUGCUCUUGUGAGCAGUCUGAGGCUGAGGCUUUCUUGUGUGCUUGUUUGUUUUUUUGGCGAUCCUCAAUAAUGAUAUUGUUGUAAUGACCUUAUCAAGAUAUGCUUUAGGUUAAAUGAUAAGGAUUUUCAGUGAGGGAAUGCCCUUGCAUUCUCAGGUAUAGGUCAAUAGUGAAAUUGUGUCAAUGAUAAAUCAAGCUUUUUGUUUUGUUCAUGGGAACUCUUCCUGGAUUACCAUCAAAUUUGGAUGAUGUCAAUCAAUUUUCAAACUGUUCCCCCCACCAUCCCCCCCCCCCCAUAUUCCCAAAGUACUUCUUUAAAGUUAGUGGUAGAGCUAAUUGUCUCCCUGCUCUCAAGCUACUAUGUGUCAUCUACUCAGUGCCAAAAGGGUGUUAAGUUUACUUAAUUUGAUACAGAGUUAAUGUCAUUCUACCUCUUAACAUACCGGUAAUACUUUUUAUUUAAUCUAAUAUUUUUCAACUGAACGGCACAAGGUCUUUUCAUAAUAAGUAUACACAACAUUUUCAGUGAAAUAUGGGUAAAGAUAAGGUUGUAUAGUGAUCUAAAGGCAUUAUCCCUUUACUCCAAAUAUGUUCUGCUUAAUGCCAAAGCUCCUAUGUUUUAUCAUAAAACGGAAUCGAGUCACAAAGCCGUGGAAUGGCGAGGCUCGAGUACUUGACUUUGAAUGGAUGGGAGUCUCGUAGAGUCGAUAAUUUGAGUCUCGCGCCCAAGACUGUUGACUUGUGUCUUUUUACUCAGAGUUACAUGCAACGUCCCUCGGGCUCGAAGCAGACUGGUGAUAUGCAUGUCUCAAGUGUAGACAAAGAUAAGCCAAUACAGAGUUAAG